ACGACCAAAAAAUAUCGAAAACAAUGGAAACUACUGCGGUAAAUCAUCGAUUUAUAAUGAAGUAUAUCAACUUUAUGAAUCCAUGUUAGCAAGCGUCAGUAAAGGAUACGCUACGAUUUAUAUGGCGUAUGAAUUCCAAAAACAAAGUCCUGGAAAUACAGACGAUAGGCGAUCGGCACAAAAAAUUAUACUAGAAGAAUGUGAAGAAGCAGUUGUUCGUAUGACCACUUCAGUAAGCAGUUAUUUGGAGAAAAUUGAUAAUACGAUAUAUAAAACAUCACAAGACUGUGACCCGGAAGGAUGGGCUGAAGGUGUGAAUUACAUUCGUUUAAAAAAUCAUGUUUCGUAUCAUGAACCAAGUACAAAAUGGUACGCUGAUCGACAUGCAAUAUUUUUAAGAAAUAGGAAGCCAGAAUACGAAUGCAAUGGUACACAAACAUUUUGGAAUCCGGACAUUGAAGAUGGUGUCAUAUAUAGCUUAAACUGUCCACUUAUUUUUGUCAGUAAUUAUUCAGGGAAUAGCAGUUGUCAUCACUUUCAGAAUGAUGGUUUUACAAAACCUAAGAAUAUAGAUUGGGUAUCAACAUGUACUUCUGGAGAUAAUUCGAAAUUAGAACAAUUAUGUGCUUGCGAUAAACAAGUCGACCAAGAUACAAGUAUACGAACAAUAAGCUUAAGAGAACAUUACACUGAUAGUGCUGAUAAUCGAGUUGUUACCGGAAUACGAUUUAUUGUUAAAAAUAAUAUCGUAAUGAUACGAAUUCGAGAAGGUCAAUUAGUCAAUGGUAUUAUAGACCCCCAAACCGUUAAAUGGAUAGAUGAUGAUGGGCGGCAUCCUGAAAUUGGUCCUGAUACAGUGAAGCUCAGUUAUAAUAUACGAGCGUUUGAAUUAGAUGACAUAGAAUUGCCUGAUGGGCACUUGGUAACAGGAGUCAAAUUCUUAGUGAGAAAUAAAACGCGCAUAUCAUUAGCAGUAAGAGGAUCAGCUAUGUAUGAUGAUAAAAAAAAAACUUUCCCAUCAAUUCACGAUCAAUGGUACUAUCCAACACCUGAUCCAGAUAGAACUAGGUAUAAUAUUGAUAUAAAAUAUUCAAAAAAUCCAGCUAGUUUAUAUGAACAGUUGCCACAAUUAAGUACUCCAGGAUUGAAUUACGUUGAUCUCUCAACUUCAGUGUUUUCUAGAAAAGAUAGAAAUGUUGCAAUUAUACCGUUCAUAGAUUCGCGAGAACUUGUUACGAAUCCACCCAUCGCUCUAGGUGGAUUAGGAAUAUUUUAUAAAAGUAAACCCGGCUAUGGUGGAUUUAUAGCGUUUAAGUAUAUAACAGCUAAUUAUAAUAUUCGCCUUGACAGAGAUCAUGCUCAAGCUAUAAAUGCUACUUUACUAGACUUAUUUGAAGAUUUAGAAAGAUCGAUAAAUAAUUUUUAAUUGAAUUUAAUUAAAAUAUUGUAGUAACUUGUAACUUAUAAUUAAUAUCACUUAUACACUACAAUCAUAACACAUUUAAAUUAGAACUAACAACACCACAAUUACAAGCACAAACGAAAGGCA